AUGGCUCCUUCAGUAUCGAAUGCUGAACACUUCAAUUACUUGGUAAUUGGCGGUGGUAGUGGUGGUGUUGCCUCUGCUCGUCGUGCUGCUAAGUAUGGCGCCAAGGUCAUGUUGAUUGAAGGCAAUCGUCUUGGUGGUACUUGUGUCAAUGUUGGCUGUGUUCCUAAGAAAGUUAUGUGGGCCGCUUCAGAUCUGGCUAAUAAGAUUACUCAUGCCAAGGGUUACGGAUUCACUGCUGUUGACAAGGAAUUCUCUAAGCAAUUCGAUUGGCAUGGAUUCAAGGCUAAGAGAGACGCCUAUGUUGCUAGACUUAAUGAUAUCUAUGCCAACAAUUUGACUAAAGAAGGUGUUAAAUAUGUGUUUGGAUGGGCCAAAUUCGCUGAUGCUAAGACUGUCGAGGUCAGUCUUCGUGAAGGUGGUACUGCUUAUUACACGGCGGACCAUAUUUUGGUUGCUGCUGGUGGUCAUCCUAAGGUUCCUGAUGGAAUCAAGAAUGCCGAUUUGGGUAUUACUUCUGAUGGAUUCUUUGAAUUAGAACAGCAACCUAAAGACGUGGCUAUUGUGGGUGCUGGAUAUAUUGGAGUUGAAUUGGCUGGUGUUUUCAACGGUCUUGGUACCAAUACUCAUUUGUUGAUUAGAGGUGAGACUGUUCUUCGAGCUUUUGAUCCCAUGAUCCAAAACGCUGUUACUGAUAACUAUGUCAAGCAUGGCGUUCAUGUUCAUAAGUUGUUCAAGUUCGAUCCUGACACCGCUAUUGAGAAGACUGCUAAUGGAAGAAUCAAGUUCACUUUCACCGAUAAGGACUCUCCUAAUGGACAGACCAUUGAAGUCGACCAGAUUAUCUGGACCAUUGGCCGUGCUCCUCUUAGUGACACUUUGAAUGUCGAGGUUCCCGGACUCAAGCUCGAUAAUAAGGGUAAACUCGAGUGUGACGAGUACCAGAACACCAAUGUGCCCAAUAUCUACUCUCUUGGUGAUAUUGCUUCACAUGCUGUUGAGUUGACUCCUGUAGCCAUUGCUGCUGGCCGUCGUCUUUCGAACCGUCUUUUCGGUCCCGAGAAGUUUGCUAAGGACAAACUCGACUACACCAAUAUUCCCUCUGUUGUGUUUGCACACCCUGAGGCCGGUGCUAUUGGACUCACCGAACCCCAGGCUCGCGAGACCUAUGGUGACGAGAAUGUUAAGGUCUACCAAUCCAAGUUCGUGUCCAUGUACUACGCACCUCUCGAAGCCGAACAAAAGGACUCCACAAUCUACAAGAUCGUUGUCGCCGGUCCCGAAGAAAAGGUCGUUGGUCUCCACAUCAUCGGCGACUCCUCGGCCGAGGUCCUCCAAGGCUUCGGUGUCGCUGUCAAGAUGGGCGCUACUAAAGCCGACUUCGACAACUGUGUCGCCAUCCACCCUACCUCUGCUGAGGAGCUCGUCACCAUGACUUAG